CUAAUUAAUUUGCUGUCUUAAGAAAAGAGAUAACUAUCCCUUUUCUUUAACCAACAAACUAACACAAACUAAAAUUGGAAGCUAAAAAAAUAUUUAGUAGAGUUCCAUUCUACAAGACUCUGAUUAGAUUUUGUCAUACCGGUUCUGUGAUUGAAUAAGACAACGAGCCACUUCGAAACCUUUAUUAUGAGAAACAUGAAUGUUGAACAACAUAAAAUAUUCCAAAAUCUGCCUUUUAAAGCCUUCUAGCAUCUCAUCUAAAACUCUAAAAAGACCUUCAUGUACUAAUGAAUUAAUUUGAAUUAAAAGGAUAUAAUUAUUAGCCUAAAGAAAAAUCCAAACAAAAACUAUGCUACGAGGCGUCAAACCAUGAUUAAAAUGUUUGGUUCUACUGGUAUUCAAGUGUAUUAGUAAUUAUGAAGUUUGUAGUUUGAAUCCCUCAUCUUAAUUGUUACUGAAAAAAGUGUAAAUCUUGAUCGGUCAUGCACAUUAUUCUAAAAUUAAAAGAAAAGAAAAUCCUUCUUCUCAAACUACUUCUAUUUCAAAAUAACAAUAAUAAAUAAUUAAUAGCUUUUUGUUCUUUAGAUUUUGAAUACAAAUAUUCGCUUGUAAUUUGGGUUGUUAAUAUCAUUAGUUACUUAAAAUACAUCACAUCAAAAUUAUUUUAAAUUAAUUAACUAAAAGUAACAUCACAAACAGUAAUUAAAAUAAACGUUAGUAAAGCUUAAUGGUUAUAAAGUAAAAAUAUUGAAAUCUUAGGAUAAAGAUAAAAAAAAUGAAUGGUAAAAAUAUAAGAUUUUGAAAUCGAUAAAAAAGAAAUUAACUAAAAAAACCACAUCUUUUCAUACAUAUAGAUUUAAAUUAAAUCAGUAAUCAAAUAAAAAUUAAAUUCAAAAUUUAUAGCAUAGAAAGGUAUCUUUUUCUAAAAAAAACUACCAAUAUCAUUAACUUAUUUAUUAACUCCACUAUAAAUGAACCAACAUAAAUAGAUCGAAAACUUAUGGAAUUUAGACCAUAUAUUCCACUAAUCUUUUCAUCUAAUUAUUUUAAAUACUCUUUGUAUAGACUCAACUUUGAUUCAUUUUAAUUAUUGUACUUUUAGAGUAUCAAUUUUAAUUACUAUAUUUUAAAAUCCUUGUUUUAAUUAAACAAUAAAAUUUCUUUAUUCUAUAUGUAUCAGUUCUUAUAUUUUCAAAUUUAUCUCUUUCCGAUUGUUACCUCCUAAAACAAAAUUAAACUAAAAUUAAACUAAAGGUGAUGGAAUAGAAAUAUAAAAAGUCAUUACCUUUUACACAAUUGAUUUGAUUAUUCUUCAUGGGAAGGUUUUUUUUCUCUUUGUUGAGUGUUUGUUUGGUUUGAGCAUAUUGGAAAAAAAAUAUAAAAUAGCAUAUAAUAUAAUAACAAUAAUAAGGCCAAAAAGUCCACUCCCCUCCCCCCCACCCAUUUUAAUUCUCUCUUCUCUUUCAAUUCCCUAUAAAUACACACACAUAUAUACAUAAGUUACUAUGUAUAUAUUUUGAUCAAGAAACAGAGACAAAUUUGAAAAGAAGAAGAAGAAGAAAAGAAUGGGAUGGAAAGAGAGCAAUUUGGAUUUGAUAUUAGUUCCUACGGGGUUUAUAUUGAUUAUGUGUUAUCAUUUAGGAUUAUGGUAUAAAGUUCGAACUCAACCUUUCGCCACUUUCAUUGGAAUUAAUACCUCUGGUCGUCGUCUCUGGGUUUCUUCCAUCAUGAAGGACAUUGAGAAGAAGAACAUUCUUGCUGUUCAAACUCUAAGAAAUGCCAUAAUGGGAUCAACUCUUAUGGCUACAACAGCGAUCCUCAUCUCGUGCGGGCUUGCCGCGAUUUUGAGCAGUACCUACAGCAUCAAAAAGCCACUGAACGACUCGGUGUUCGGGGCGCACGGCGAGUUCAUGUUGUCUCUCAAAUAUGUCUCCAUUCUCACCAUUUUCCUCUUCUCCUUCUUGUGUCAUUCCCUUUCCAUCAGAUUUAUCAACCAAGUGAAUGUUUUGAUCAACACACCACAAGAACCGAUGUCCCCCGUGACACCUAAGUACGUGUCGCAGCUGUUCGAGAAAGGUUGCGUCCUCAACACGGUCGGGAAUCGCCUCUUCUACUCGGCUGUUCCUCUUUUGCUUUGGAUAUUUGGACCUGUGCUUGUGUUCUUAUGCUAUCUCUCUUUGCUACCUUUGCUUUAUAAUUUGGAUUUUGUUUCUUGUAGUGCUCAUACCAAAAACAAUACCACCAAAGUUGAAGCCAAUAAUGGUAUUGUUGUUGGUAAUGAAAACUUUGUUUAGAUCACAUCUUUUCGUACAACAACCUCUAUGAGAUUAAUUUAUGUAUCAAAUUUGUCCCCUCCCA